AUGGAAAAUGAACUGCAAAAAGAAAAUCAGCUACUCAUAGAAUAAAUUAAGUCGUUAUAAGCAUAAUUGAAUAACAGAGAAUCUUAAAGAAAUGAAUAUUCUAGAGUUAAUGAUUAAAGCAGCUUUUUCACCACAUUCAAAUAAUCAACACCAAGAGGUAAUAUUAGUAGAGACCAAAGCAAAAGGGAUCUUUAGGAUUUGACUGUCCAAGUGAAGAAACUCAAUGAAGAGAAAGAACAAUUAAGGAAAACAUUAAAACAUUAAAUUGAUGCUUAUGACCAAAAAAUUCUAUAAAAAGAAUUGGAAUUGAGCUAAAAAGAAAAAAUGUAUAGGCAAUUAUAGAAUGACUACAAAGAAUUGCAAUAGACCCUGAUACAAGAAUAAAGUAAGCCGGCUCCUUAGCCAGCAGCGCCAACACCUGUUCCCACAAAACCUGUUGGCGAUCAAAUACAGCAGUAUCGAGUUUAGAAGAUUGGUCUAAUGAAUCUUCCUUGUUUGAUCAUUAUUCGAAGGAAUAUAUUCGAAUAAUUCGUAAUAGAGAUAGAAAAUACAAAAGAUAGAGUGAGUAUCAAUGUUUAAGACAUCACAGAUUUGGUGCCUGAUAGAACAAAAGAGGAUCAUUUUUAGUUAACAUACAAAUAAUCAAAUUAAAAGAUAACAGAAGUUUAUUAAUCCUCGGAGUUUAAAUAAAUAUUGAGAGCAAUUAAAUAUCUUCAUUCUUAAUAAUAACAAACUAGGAAAUAAGAAACCUAACCAGCAUAAUAAGAAUAACAAAGUGGCUUAAUCAAAAGUUUGAGUUCAUUUUUUAUGAAAAAAUGA